AUGUACUCUGAAGAUAUUCAAGAUGAAUUAACCAAAAUUCAAAAUCUUUUAGAAAGUUGUUUUAUUUCACAAGAUGAAUUUAAUUUAAGAAAGAGCGAGCUUUUAGGUACCCCAUUUAUAAAUAAUGGAAAUAUUGGAAAUCCACCAAAGCAAGAGCCAAAGCAACCAUCACAAUAUGACUAUAGUUACAACAGCGAUUAUAAUAAUAAUAGUAACAGUUAUAACAAUAACAACGAUACAUCAUAUAGUAGCUAUAACACUGCCUAUUUAGGUAAUACCACCACAGUCAGUGCCACAAAUAAUUAUACAUUUGAUAAUUACAAAGAAGUUGAAGUCGAAAUCCCAUUAAUUGGUACUUUAUCAAUCAAUGAUAAUAACAAUAAAAACAAUAAUAAUAAUUAUAAUAAUUAUAAUAAUAAUAAUAGAAAUAAUAAUUAUAAUUACAAUAAGAAAUAUACAUAUAAUAACAACAAUAAAAAAACCGAAGAGCCAAAAGAUGAAAAACCAGGUGCAUUCGCAUCAAUGUUUUUAAAUAAACCAGCAUCGGUACAUAAAGAUGAAAAUUUCGAAGAUGAAGAAGAUGAAGAAGAUAAAAUGGUUGAAGCUCCAGCAAAAGCAAUUAAUCCAGUUGGCGAUCAAAGAAUUGAUUUGGAAUAUGACAUCAAACCAUAUGUUGUAUUUAAACCAUUAGACAGAAAUUCAAAAAAAGUAAAUAUUAAUCUCAAAAAUUGGGUAAAGGAUAGAAAUUUCAGUGAUAAUAUAUCAUUAAAUCACUCUGUCGAAAACUGGAAAUCAGAUAAAAUUAAAGAACAGAAUAGUUUAAGAUCUAAAAUUAUUUAUGAUAAUGUUAAUAACUUAUCUAUUAAACUUAACAAUUGUAAUAUUAAAUUAAUUGGGGGCUGCGAUAUUUCAUUCCCAAAGAGCAGUAAAAAUGAUGCCGUUGCCUCUAUUGUAGUUUUAGAAUAUCCAAGCCUUAAAGUCGUAUACGAAUCAUAUAAAAUGAUUAAACUUACCGAGCCAUAUGUCGCCGGUUACUUGGCAUUCAGGGAAGUUCCACACUUUAUUGCUCUUUGGGAAACUUUAACCAAAAAGUAUCCUCAAUUCAAACCAGAUUUAAUGAUUUUGGAUGGAAAUGGUAUUAAUCAUCAAAGAAGCGUUGGUGCUGCCACCCAUUUCGGAAUUUUGGCCAAUAUUCCAACCAUUGGAGUAGCUAAGAAUCUCUUGGUUGCAAAGGGUAUCACUCCAGAAUACAUUCAAAAUGGUUUCAAAACCAACAACAUUGUAGAGAUGAUUGAUUACCAAGAUGGAAAACGUUUAAUUGGCCAUGCCAUGUACAAUAAACAAAAAGAAAUCAUCUACAUUUCACCAGGCCAUAUGAUGGAUGCCAACACUGCUUUUGAUGUU